ACAAAAUCCAGCAGUCCCAGAACCGCACGCUUGGCGCUACUUCGGGAGAGGCAAAUACAAACAAACAAAAUAAAAUGAAAAUGGAGAAAAAACCCAGAAAACAGAAUGAACCCAUUUCCGGAAAUCUUUAAAAGUGUAGAAAUUCAUUCAAGGAGAAGGAGUGUGGAGAGUGGAGGGGUGGGAGCGCAAUCUAUUACAAAUGGUUCGUUGAACGCAAUUCUCAUAGAUAUUUACAUCGGUUUCGGUGAUGAUUUAUCCUUCCUCUGAUUAUCUCUCUCUUGAUCCUUCGGUCAGUUCUGGCAUCUUUCUGGGGGAGUAUUAAUUGUGUAAUAAGGGAUAACACCAUAUUCAGACAGCUAGGUGAAUUUGCCUCCUUUGUGUUAAAAGUCCAUUUGUUUCAUGCAAGCAAAGACCCCUGCAAUUUCUGAAUCAGGAGAAGUGAGAAAUAUAACAAGAUUGCUCAGUGGGUUCUGACAAACAGCCUCUUGUGAUAUUCCAAAUAUGGAGACAGUCAGGACUAUUUUCACUCACACGUAUCCAUACCCGCAUGAGCAUUCACGGCAUGCGGUUAUUGCUGUUAUUUUAGGCUGCGUAUUUUUCAUAUCGUCAGAUAAUAUGCAUACUCUUGUUCUGAAGCUGGAUAGCAAUGUUAAGUGGUGGUCAAUGUACGCCUGUUUGCUCGGUUUCUUCUAUUUCUUUUCUUCUCCAUUUAUAGGGAAAACAAUCACACCGAGUUAUUCUAACUUCAGUCGGUGGUAUGUUGCCUGGAUAUUGGUGGCUGCACUAUAUCAUCUUCCCAGUUUUCAGUCGAUGGGAGUUGAUAUGAGGAUGAACCUUUCUUUAUUUUUAACUAUAUUCGUAUCUUCCGUCUUGUUUCUUCUUGUUUUCCAUUUUGUAUUCAUUGGCCUCUGGUACAUUGGCCUUGUCGCUCGCGUGGCUGGGAGGAGACCUGCAAUCCUGACGAUUCUUCAAAAUUGUGCCGUUAUAAGUAUAGCAUGUUGUGUAUUUUAUAGUCACUGUGGCAACCUUGCUAUUAUAAGAGAAAAGACACUUGAAAAGAGGCACUGGAGCUGGUUUCCACGGUGGAACAAGGACGAACACUUCUCAUGGCUUGCGAAAUUCGUUCGCGUGUAUGAGUUUAAAGAUCAAGUUUGCAAAUCUUGGUUUGCUCCAGUUGGUUCUGCUAGCGAUUAUCCCUUUUUGUCCAAAUGGGUCAUAUACGGCGAGUUGACUUGUAGCGGUGGCUCCUGUGCGGAAUCACCAGAUGAGAUUUCACCUAUAUAUUCAUUAUGGGCCACUUUUAUAGGCCUCUACAUUGCCAAUUAUGUUGUGGAAAGAUCAACAGGAUGGGCUCUUACUCACCCUGUGUCACAAAAUGAAUCUGAGAAGUUGAAGAAAAAGCAAAUGAAGCCUGACUUCUUGGAUAUGGUUCCUUGGUACUCAGGGACAUCUGCUGAUUUAUUCAAGACAGUUUUUGACCUGAUGGUAUCAGUAACUCUUUUUGUUGGACGUUUUGACAUGCGCAUGAUGCAGGCUGCAAUGAGCAGGGUCGAGGAUGGUGCUAAGCAAGAAGAUCUUCUGUACGACCAGUUUAGCGAACAUGAUGAACUGUGGUUUGACUUUAUGGCUGAUACUGGUGACGGGGGAAAUUCUUCCUAUAGUGUGGCACGACUUCUUGCUCAGCCUUUACUUCGGGUUCGGAACAAAGACUCUCUGAUUACACUGCCACGUGCUAACUUGCUCCUUAUUGGGGGCGAUCUUGCGUAUCCUAAUCCAUCUUCAUAUAACUACGAGAGCCGUCUUUUUCGUCCCUUUGAAUACGCUCUUCAGCCUCCCAUCUGGUAUAACGAGGAGCAUGUUGCUGUAAAUAAACCUGAAUUGCCUCGUGAGUUUCCAACACUCAAGCAGUAUGACGGCCCCCAGUGCUUCCUCAUUCCUGGAAAUCAUGAUUGGUUUGAUGGGCUUCAGACAUUUAUGCGGUAUAUAUGUCACAAGAGCUGGUUGGGUGGGUGGUUUAUGCCCCAAAAGAAAAGCUAUUUUGCCCUUCAGCUGCCAAAGGGAUGGUGGGUCUUUGGUCUUGAUCUUGCUCUCCAUUGUGAUAUUGAUGACUACCAAUUCAAGUUCUUCUCUGAAUUGAUUAAGGAUAAGGUCAGCGACUAUGAUUCUGUGAUCAUCAUGACUCAUGAACCUAGUUGGCUUCUUGAUUGGUACUGGAACUUGGUAACAGGAAAGAACAUCUCACACCUGAUACGCGACCAUUUAAAUGGGAGGUGUAAGCUCCGAAUAGCUGGAGACUUGCACCAUUACAUGCGUCAUUCUUAUGUUCCAUUGGAGAAGCCUGUGUACGUGCAGCAUUUGCUCGUUAACGGUUGUGGUGGGGCUUUUUUGCAUCCAACUCAUGUUUUUCGUAAUUUUAAGUAUUUGUAUGGGACACCUUAUGAAAGCAAGGCAUCUUAUCCAUCUUUCCAAGACUCAAGCAGGAUUGCUCUUGGAAAUAUACUGAAGUUUCGGAAGAAAAAUUGGCAGUUUGAUUUCAUUGGCGGCAUUAUAUAUUUCAUCCUGGCCUUUUCUGUGUUUCCGCAGUGUAAGCUAGACCACAUCUUACAGGACGAUACGUUUAGUGAUAAUGUAAAGAGCUUCUUAGGCACAAUAUGGGAUAUUUUCAUCUAUAUGCUUGGACACUCGUAUGUAUCUCCUGCAGCUGUUUUCUUUCUGUUAGUUGCCGCCAUCACCUUUGUGCCUUCAAAAGUCUCUCGCAAGAGAAAAGUAAUAAUAGGCGUUCUACAUGUUUCUGCACACCUCUCUGCUGCAUUGAUCCUAAUGCUGCUCUUGGAAUUGGGCAUUGACACAUGCAUCAGGCACAACUUGUUGGCAACUUCAGGUUACCACACUCUGUAUGAGUGGUAUCGAUCAGUGGAGAGCGAGCAUUUUCCUGACCGAACAGGCCUUCGUGCACGCAUUGAGCAAUGGACAUUUGGCCUUUAUCCAGCAUGCAUUAAGUAUCUUAUGUCUGCAUUCGAUGUCCCUGAGGUCAUGGCUGUGACAAGGAAUAAUAUCUGCAAGAAUGGGAUGGAUUCACUCUCACGAGGGGGGGCCGUCAUAUACUAUGCUUCCGUCUUCCUUUAUUUCUGGGUUUUCUCAACUCCCAUUGUCUCAUUGAUUUUUGGAAGCUAUCUUUAUAUCUGCAUCAAUUGGUUUCACAUACACUUUGAUGAAGCUUUCUCGUCGCUCCGCAUUGCUAACUACAAAUCAUUUACACGGUUCCACAUAACCAGCAAAGGUGAUCUUGAAGUUUUCACCCUUGCAGUAGAUAAGGUUCCAAAGGCGUGGAAGUUGGAUCCGAGUUGGGACUGUGAGUCAAAACUGCCACACAGCCUCAGCUACAGAAGAAAAUUUCCAAGCAAAUGGCGGUCUGUUUCACCUCAGCAGGAUCCUGUGAGCACGGUUAGAAUUGUUGACCACUUUGUUGUUGAACAUACAGCAAAACCUGAAGGUGCAUCUGUUAAUGGGCCAGUAACUCCUUGAUCGAUAUGGUUUUGGACAGCAGUUAGCAAAAUACCGAAGGCACAUAUUCAAGUAUUUGUCAUAUCUAAGUCAGUCCUGGUUUCGAUACUCCACUCCUGUUUGCUCUGCAACGGUCUUCUUUUCUACACCCUAUUCAUCCAGUCCUGCAACUCUGGUCAAGGUCUCCAUUGAAAAUCUUUCAUGCUUCAACUCUUCUGAGCUAUUAAUUUGCAGUGGAAGAUUUUCAAGCAGAAAGUAUUGCGCCACAUUGUAAGAUGAGACUCAAGCUCCUGUUCUAUGUGUCGAUUAGCAGUGAUCCAGUGGAUCAACAGAAAAUCAGACGGACGCAGACGAGUUUGCCGCUGCAGUAAUCUCCACCCGGUCAUGGACUAAAAACAAGAAAAACAAAUAAAUAUUUUACUGAAAGAUGGUUAGUCUAGAUCUGACACCAUCAGAUAGCAAAGAGAAGACGAUGAGCCCUCAGCGUCGAGGGGAGACCAGAGUAGCAUCAUUAGUAUUACAACUUUAAGUUCAAUAAUUUCCAGUAGUACAAGGAAGAGAAUAGGAGGCUCAAGAAAGAAUGCCAAAUUGGCAUUCAUUGAUCAAACGGUUUCAGAGAAGAUGAAAGUGUUAAAAAGUAUCUAUGUAUUCAUUGGAACAGAAGAGAAGGCAUGUUGUGCGAUGGCACAAUACACUACAGCUGCUUAAUAUGUAUGCAAGCGUGUCAGUUUUAUAUCAACAUGUUUCUGAAAAGAGUAGCAAAAUAUGAUAUGUCAUAAAGGAAUGGAUACUAAACAACAAAUAAAUUAGUUAUAUAUAUGACCAGCAACAUGAAAAAUAAAAUGCAAUAGCUAAAUGACGAUGAGCAAUAUCAAUUGUUUGUGGCUGGAAUCCGCCAUGAGUUAGAUUGGCGAUUUCUGGGGAGGUCCCAAACAAAUCUUCUUUGUCUCACUGAUUUGAGCUCAAGAGAUUUAAAACUUUAUGGUCACUCACCAUCUGGAAGGUGCA